UAGUACUGAUCCAUUGACGUAACCAGAAAGGAAGGCAAGUUGGAUGUUCAAGAUUAGGAGACUUUAAAAUGAACUAAUGCAGUAGUGACAGCAACGGAAAAAGCUUUUUCCCUCGGUGCCAUUAACAGCAAAAAAUUGAAUAGUCUUUGGCACCAAAUGACGCAAGAAAAAAGUUUGAUGCUUGUGGUUUGAUGCGUUGUAGUUUUGAGCCUUCAAAAUGAACUUUACAACCGAUUCUUACCAAGAUCAGCUGAGCAGCCAAGUGCCAGAGCCUUACGCUUCAAGAAUUUUUCGUCUUGUUCUCUACGCCAUAGUUUUCGUAUUAACCGUUGGAGGAAAUGUCCUGGUCUGCACAGUCGUGAUAAACAAUCGAAAACUUAGAAGCAUGCAAAGGUUUUAUUAUGGAUAUUUUCUGAUGAAUCUUGCUUUUGCCGACCUAGCUGUGGCCUUGCUCUGCAUUCCUUUCACCGUUGUUUACUACGAAACUGGUAACUGGCCGUUCAGUGCGUUCAUGUGUAAGCUCGUUCCAACGCUACAGGUAACAAGUGUAAGUGCAUCUAUUUUUACGCUUACUGUGAUGACUUACGAGCGAUAUCAGGCUAUUGUACAACCCCUCAAAGCUCAAAUUCCUAAGAAAAAAGUUCUAACAAUGUUGGGAAUGGCUUGGAUUUUUGCCUUCGUUUCGGCCUCGCCAGAAAUAUUCGCCUACCAAUUCCACGACAAUGCAAGUCAAAAAUUCCAAUGUAGAGAAUUAUGGCCGCACCAAAAAUACAGGCAAUCGUACACGAUGUUUUUAUUCGUCUGCACCUAUCUUUUUCCUUUGAUGGUUAUUUUUCCUACUUAUAUCAAAAUGAUGAGUACCCUUAAGAAGUCGCACUCUUUCAACAAUACUGACAAGAAGUUACGGUGGAAAAGUCUACGAGUUUUGAUCGCCGUUGUCAUCAUCUUCGCCACGAGUUAUCUCCCUCAGCACAUUCUUUUUCUUGCCAUGGAUUUUGGAAGCGGUUUGAGCUUCCCAUAUUUUGAGAUAACCCUGAAAUACUGCUAUUUGAUGGUCUGGGUAUCAAGCUGUUCCAAUCCUAUCAUUUAUGGCGCGUUAGAUGACUACUUUAGGGAUAAGUACGCCAGGAUUUUACGGCAUUGCGUGGCAGUUAAGAGAUCAACGAAGAAGCUUUCGCGGGCGACGAUCUCUUAUUCACAAGGCACAUUGAACCCACAAAAAUCAUCACCUACAGAGCAAACACUCGAGAAGGAGCGCAUACCAAGAGAUCAGUCUGGAAGACUAGAAGAAAUCUCAUCGCCGCAGUCGAACAUCUUGGAAAGCUACUCAGCCAAUAAUGACAAGAAUGACUUCAAGCAGGUCACUCCUCUUCUUGGGUGCUCCGAUACUUGAGACUGAACAUCGAUCUCAAUAUAACUUUGUUAUUUCAAAUUUUACAUUUUUUUUUAUCGAUACCAUGAAAGGACCGCUCUGGGAUGAUCUAGUCGGGGCAUGGCUAACUCACAGAUCUAACCUUGAAACAACCUCUGAGCCGAUCUAAUCGAGGUAUGAUUAACUCACAGGUUGAACCCUGAAAACAAACACCUAAUGAGUUGAUCUAAUCGGGGCAUGAUUAACUCACAGGUUGAACCCUGAAAACAACCACCUAAUGAGCUGAUCUAAUCGGGGCAUGGUUGACUCACAGAUUAAACCCUGAAACAACCACCUCCCACCUAAUGAGCUGAUCUAAUCGGGGCAUGGUUGACUCACAGAUGAAAGAAUUUAGUGCGUGAGGAUUCGCGGAAGGAGAAAAACCGGAGAACUCAGAGAAAAACCUUCGAAUCAGGGAAGCAGCAUGUGUUGCCAAGUCCAGGAAUCGAACCUGAAACCCCAGAGGUAAAAAUAAAAUUUGGGAAGUUUUCCUUAAUUAAAUUAAUAUAUUUCCACAUAACGUAAAAAAAGGUUUGGCUGUGUUUUUGCUUUGUUUUCCCAUUUGGUUAGUAUUAUCGUAGAUCAAUCUUCGCCUCAACUACGAAAAAAGGCAUUCGAGAGGGAUUUUUUUCCGAAUUUUAUGACCCUUUUAUUUAAAGAAAUAGCUUCCUGAACUAGUGCUGUUUCUUAUCAAGUAUUCCCACGUCUAAUCUAUUGAUCUAUGGGUUUUAUUUAUAUACUAUACAACAGUUUUUGAAUUCUGGACAAAUACCGCUGUGUUCCUUGAUUGCGCGCAGACUCGUUUACUCAGACUUCUAAAUAUUCGCAAUGCCAAUGUUAAAGUUAAGACUUUACAACUUAAUAAACUAUUAUAAAAACA